CAUUGUUAUGUCAAUUUUGUCAUGUCAUUCAUUCGAUUUUCUGCUAGUUGUUUUGAUUUCAUAUGAAUGUUAUUUCAUAUUGUUUUCUGUUUCUUAAUUAGAUAUUUUUUUAACAUCAAUUAAAUUUGCUUCUUAUAGCAUUUGCUACAUAGGAAAAUACAAAAAGUAUUUUUUAAUAAUAUACUUUAAGUGAGGAAUUAAAUAUCUCGAGAUUUUAGUGACAAAAAUGGAAUUUCCAACACUUGGUGAACAUUGCCAAUACCCCAAUUGUAAUCAAACUGAUUUCUUGCCUCUCCAAUGCAAGUGUGCGAAGGUGUUUUGUCGUGUACAUUUCAACGAACAUUGCCUCUCUGGAGAUUGUGAAUUAGCGCCGGAACCUAAAGCAGUUAACCUCAAAAAUGACGACCAAAUAUAUAGAUGUUCGGAAAAAGGCUGCAGAAAAGGAAAUUUGCAUGAAAUGUUAUGUGCAAAAUGCAAUAAACAUUAUUGUAUUGAACACAGGUUUCAUCCGACAUGUCCAGAAAUAGAUGAUGAGACAAUGGCAACUAAAAUUGAACAAUUUGAAGCACCAAGAAAACAAUUUGCAGAGGCUAACAAACAUUUGCAGGAAAAGAUAACAGAAAACAUCCGGAAAGCCCUGCAAUCUUCAGCAAAAGUGAAGACUGCAUCAAAAAUACAAUUAAUGAGAAUAAAGCAGAAAGCUAUUGGACCCAAAUCUAUACCAGUUUCAGACAGAGUUUAUUUUGCAGUCACAAAACCAAAGAGCAUGGAGCCAAAGGCUGUUAAAGUAAUUCAGGAUGCUAACAAUUUAAGUGAUAUUGAAUCUGUAUCUUUAGAUCCCGACUUGAAAGAUAGUGUGCCUCUAUUUAUAAGCUCUAAAUGGAGUUUGGGACGUGCAAUAGACACUAUUUGUGAUUCAUGUAAUAUUAAAAAUGAUAAUAAUAAAAUGGCGGGUCCAAAGCUAAGGUUAUUCAGACAAUUAGACAAAUAUUGUGUAUACCCUUUGAAAAUGGAUGUUGAAAUUGGAGAUUUAAUACAAAAAGAGAUUUUACUAGAAGGUGAUAAAUUGCUUAUUGAAUAUAUUGACAGUGAAAUAUUAAGCAGUUUAAAUGACUAUUCUCAGUUAUUUUUGAGUUAAUACAUUUUGGAAUAGACCAAUAAUCUAAUUUU